GCAGCCAUGGCGGCGGCCUGCGCCGAGAUGGAGCCGGCGGCGGCGCCUCCUCCUCCCUCUCCCCCUCCGACCGCCGCCGCCGCGCCGGGCUCGGCCGAGCUGGUGUGCGCGCAGGGCCGGAACCUGAAGGCGGUGCUGUGCCAGCGCUGCAGGUCGCGGGUGCUGCUGCCCGGGGCGGUGACGCCGUCUCUCCCGCAGCUCCUCCUGCCCGCCAUGAGGAAGAAGGCGGCGGCGACGGGCGGCGGCGGGGACGGGGACGUGGUGCGGGAGCACUGGCUGGUGCGCGACAUGUUCUCCUUCGAGAAUGUGGGCUUCACCCGCGACGUGGGCAACGUCAAGUUCCUGGUGUGUGCCGACUGCGAGGCGGGGCCCAUCGGCUGGCACUGCCUCGACGACAAGGACAGCUUCUACGUGGCGCUGGAGCGCGUGGCCCACGAGUGACGCUGGGCUGGGGUCGGGGGCGACGGUCCCGGGCACCCGCUUGGGGAACGGGGCUCAGCCACCGGGAACCCCGCCUGCCCCGCAGCCUGCCCCGCAGCCUGCCCGCCCGGGCAGUGAUGCACCGAGCCGGGCCCACGGACUGACCCUGGCCCAGCCACCCCACGGCUUCCCUCACCACAGCCCGGCCACCGGACGGACCCUGGCCCAGCCUGCCCACAGCCCGGCUGGUCACCCCAGAGCCCAGAUCCUCGGACUGACCAGCACCAAGAAGCGCGGCACCGGCAGCGCCAGCUCCUUGCACGAUACCCCCCCAGGAAGGAUGGCGGCAGCAGGAGGGUCCCCUGUCACCUGCAGGGGCAGCUCCCUGUGACAGUUCUGCCAAACAGCUUGAUCUGCUGCUCUUGGUAGAAGCAGCCUCAGACCUUCCUGGCUGCUGUCGGUCACUUCUUCCCCGAGCAGCUGCUGUCUUUCACAUGUGCCAAGGCAUCUUCCAGGCUGCGUGACACGGCCGUGUAAAUGGGGUGCUGGCACGAGGGCGGGACAGGACUGCUGCAUCGCACCAUCAUGGUGGCUUAAAUUGUCUGAACUAUGGCCAAAGCAGUUACAAGGUUUUAGGCUGCAUCUUCUGUUGAUUUUUCAGAAGAAAUGUUCCCUGCCCCACACCCUAACAUUUAGGUUCUCUAAAACCUCAUCCUACUUGACAAGUGUAACCUGUAAGAGUAUAUGGCACCUCAAGCGUGUGUAAGGCAUUUUAUAUAACACUGUAUGCAGUUUUAUUAACAGAAUACUUAGAAAUAAAAUAAGGUAGAUUUUGCAGACAGCAUAGGCUGAUAGAAUGGCAAAAAAAGAAAAUGUGUGAGACUGUAGUAUUUCCAGAACGAAGACAUUCCAACCUGUAAAGGAUUUGAGUCACUGGACAUGUGUCUCAGUGCUGCAGAGUGUCAAAACAACUAUGUCUGUAUCAGAGAACUCAGGAAGGAAUUUAUCUUCUGUAAAUGCAGCCGGCAGGAUACGCUGGGAUAUUGUGUCCAGUUUUGAUCUCUGCCUUUUAAAAGGUGGGGACAAAGCGGACUGACAAUUGAAGGAGGCUGCAGGAGCCGUGGUUCUCACUGUAUUUAUCUUUUGGUAAUUGUGGUCCAGUUCACAUUCUCCAUUUGCAAACCCCUGUAUGAAUAAUACAGCAGCUUUAGAGGGAUGGUCACAGAGGAUGCCUUGCUGUGGGAGAUGUAUGGGUAUGCUAAUAAAUGCUAAUAAACACGUUUGGUACCAA